ACGGGGCGGGGCCGUCGCUGAGUUUACGCAGCGCCACCGCCGCUUGUAAACAGAUCCUGCCCCGUGUGACAUACCUGUGUGGGGGUACCGAGUGUUACCCGCUGCGGUGGCAGGUUGAUGAUCAGAGGCGUCAGCGGGCGCGCGGCGGGCACCGAGUAGAGAGGAAGUGAUUCCUCUCUGUCCUUCCUUCCUCUCUACCCACACCCUACACCCCCCCCCCCCCCGCCGCCUCCUCCUCCUCGGUCGGGAUCCAGCGCAUCCUCCCCCCUCAGCGCCUUCCCCGUACCCCCGUCGCUAAGAUGGCUGAUGGUGAGCAGUAAGGCGGCGCGCGGGGCUGCGGGGAGCUGCUGUCGGCUGGCGCGCGGCAGAGCAGGCGGAGGCGGCUGACGGGACGGGACAGGAACGUGGGGUGGGGUGCGUGCGUGGGAAGCCGCGCAGCGCCAUGUCUGCCUUUGCCCUGGAGGAAACGUUGGAGGUCGACUGGGUGGCCGUGAGGCCUCACGCUUUCCAGGAACAGGAGAAGCACAAAUUCGUCUUCAUUGUGGCUUGGAACGAGAUCGAGGGCAAGUUUGCCAUCACCUGCCACAACCGCACGGCGCAGCGCCGGCGCAGCGGCUCCCGCGAGCUCUACCUCGGCGGCCCCUCUGGCCCUGAGGCUAGAGCCACCCCCAAGGCCGGCACCCCCACGGUGAGCAGGGUCCCGACCUGGGGCACGGGCUCCGGCCUGACGCGUGGUUCCUCGCAUCUCCGCGCCGAGGCGGGGCAGCAGGGCUCUGAGCGGGGCGCGGCGGCCGAGGUGCUGCCGAAGAGCCCGCUGCGGGCCAAAAGCAGCCCGGCCUGGAGGCCGCUGCAGGGCCUGGAGGUAGUAGGUGCCGUCGAAGAGAUAAAAGCGCUGGAGCUGGGGGAGGAGGAGGCAGCUGCCUUGCUGUCGCUGCCGCCCUCGCAGCCGCCGGCAGCCGAGUCGGCCGCUCCCGACGCAGAGCCCGUGGGGGAGGAGUGCAGCUGGGCUGGUCUCUUCUCCUUCCAAGACUUGCGGGCUGUGCACCAGCAGCUGUGCUCGGUGAACUCUGAGCUGGAACCCUACCUGCCUGCCUUCCCCGAGGAUCUCUCGGGCGUGUGGACGGUGCUGUUUGGAGUUCCGGAGCUAUCUGAGCAGGAGAUGGACGCUCUCUGCUACAAAGUGCAAGUUUACUUGCUCCACAGCUUGGAUACAUGCGGCUGGAAGAUUCUUUCGCAGGUACUCUUCACUGAGACUGAUGACCCCGAAGAGUAUUAUGAGAGCCUGAGUGAGUUGCGACAAAAGGGGUACGAGGAGGUGCUGCAGCAGGCCCGCAGGCGAAUCCAGGAGCUUCUGGAAAAACAUAAGAACACAGAAAGCAUGGUAGAGCUGCUUGAACUGUAUCAAAUGGAGGAUGAAGCCUACAGUAGUCUUGCAGAAGCUACCAUGGAGCUCUACCAGUACUUACUACAGCCAUUCCGAGAUAUGAGAGAACUUGCGAUGCUUAGAAGACAGCAGAUAAAGAUCUCUGUAGAGAAUGACUACCUAGGCCCCAGAAGAAUUGAGAGUCUGCAAAAAGAAGAUGCUGAUUGGCAGAGAAAAGCCCACAUGGCUGUGCUUUCUAUUCAAGAUCUUACAGUUAAAUACUUUGAAAUAACAGCUAAAGCACAGAAAGCUGUGUAUGAUCGAAUGCGAGCAGACCAGAAAAAAUUUGGUAAGGCAGCAUGGGCAGCAGCAGUGGAACGUAUGGAAAAGCUUCAGUAUGCAGUUUCUAAGGAGACUUUGCAGUUGAUGCGUGCUAAAGAAAUCUGUUUGGAACAGAAGAAACAUGCACUGAAGGAAGAGAUGCAGAGUCUGAAAGGUGGUACAGAAGCUGUAGCCCAUUUGGACCAGUUAGAAGCUGAUUAUUAUGAUAUACAGCUUCAAUUAUAUGAAGUCCAAUUUGAGAUCUUGAAAUGUGAAGAGCUGCUGCUGACAGCACAACUUGAAAGCAUCAGGAGACUGAUAUCAGAGAAGAGAGAUGAAGUGGUAUAUUAUGACACUUACGAAAGUAUGGAAGCCAUGCUUGAAAAAGAAGAUAUGGCAACAUCUGUAUGCUUGCAAAAAGAGGAGCUGCAAAAAUUACAACAAAAAAUCCGCCAUCUGGAAGCAAGGCGUGGACGUAUUUCAGCCAAGAAAGCCUACCUCAGAAAUAAGAAGGAGAUCUGUAUUGCAAAGCAUAAUGAAAAGAUCCAGCAACAUCACCAGAGUGAGGAGGAAUACAAAAUGCACCAUACUGUUCAGCUAAAGCGAGAUCACCUACAAGAUGAAGAGGAAAGAAAGAGCUCCUGGGUUAGUCAGGAACGACAGAAAACACUGGACAGACUUCGCACAUUUAAACAGCGGUACCCUGGGCAAGUAGUACUUAAAUCAGCCAGACUACGACUGGCUCAUGCAAGAAGAAAAUGUGCAGCCAGCUCUGUGUCCUGUGUAGAUCAGCCUCAAUCUUUGCCAGCAACCAUACAAAUCCAAGAGAAAAGUGAAGAGGUGGAAUUGGAAAAUGCCGUUCAGCCUUUGCAAGUGCAGGAAUCCACAAGCUUAGAACAACUUCAAGAUAUCUCGUUACCUCCCAAUGGUGUUACCUCUGAACUGCCUCAUGUUAGUACUUCUCCACUCACCAGUAAUGAGCUUCAAACGGAGACUAUUACUGUAGUACCGUUUCCACCCCCUUUGCCUCCACCACCUCCGCUUCCACCUUUGUCCACCAAGGAAGAUUACACCAAAUACUUAGAGAAAGGCAACAGCUUUGUUAAACAUCAGAGUGAGGAGAAGGGAGUCCAGUACUCUUCCAGUAUCCCAACAGCACAUUUAUUUGACAGCAGUCAGCUAGUUAGUGCCAAGAAGAAGCUUAAGAAGACUGGUGAUCUACAGGGUUUACACAGGAGGAGAGUGAGUUCCCCAAUGGAUGAAGUGCUGGCUUCUUUGAAGCGUGGCAGCUUUCACUUAAGAAAAGUUGAGCAGAGAAGUCUCCCUCCUUUUCCCAAUGAAGAUGAUAGCAAUAACAUCUUGGCACAGAUCAGGAAAGGGGUGAAACUGAAGAAAGUGCAGAAAGAUGUUUUGAGAGAAUCCUUUACAAUUCUGCCUGAUACUGACCCUCUGACAAGGAGCGUCCAUGAAGCAUUGCGACGAAUUAAGGAAGCAUCACCUGAAUCAGAGGAUGAAGAGGAGAGUUUGCCUUGCACAGACUGGGAAGAUUAACCUGUAAUUAACCUCCAUUAAAAAAAAAAUUUAUUCAACACUUUGUGUAUAGCAAUAGCUGCCAAGACUCAGGUUAUGCAUUUUAGGGGACUUAGUAUGAAUGUGACUAAACUGUCUGACAUCCAACGUGAUAAAACAUGCACAUAUGAAUUUAGUAUCACUGACUUUUCAGAGAAAUUUAAAGUGUAUAGUAAGGAAAACUUCUUUUAGGCAACAUCUUAGCCUCUUAUUGUUUGAAUACUUUUGCUGAAUAGUGACAGGACUGCUCCUGUAAAAAACUCUAUUUAAUUUAGUAAAUUUGAAGGGACUGUUUGCAGCUUAUCAAAAUGCUUUAAAAAGCUUUUAAGUAACAAAGCAGCAUAAUCUCUCUUGGACACACCCUGUACUUAUUUUCUAAUUACUUCAGGCCUUGUAAAAAUUUAGCAUGUUUAUCACUUCAGACUGAAUAGCUCCAAGUGAAGGAUGAUUAGAUUUGACUGCUAAACACAUUGAAAUCUCGUUGGUUACCCUGUGUGACUGACACUUUGAUAGCUUGGUGUUUCAAUCUGUAAAUACUCUGAUUAAUUGAAUUUCUAGACUAUAAACAGUAAACAUACAAAUGUAAUUUAUACUUGUGCUACUCAUAUGAAUCCCAUGAACUUGCAUUAUACUAAGUUACAGUGCCUGAAAGCAGAGAUAUUAGACUUCAGGAGAUGAAAUUAAUGAUUUCAGAACAAAUCAGAAACCGGCAAGAGAUUAGCUUUCAAAACUAAAGGCUGCUUCAGUACAACAAAGAGAUUCAUAAUUAUAACGCCACCAAUACAGCACUAGUCUUCUGUGGUAGUUCUUUUCUGAUACAGGCAUAUGAAUGAGCUUAAGUCUGAAUAAAAUAUCCCAGUAAACUUAUUUGCAAGUACCUAAAUUUGGAGAAAAGAGAGCGUUGUGGUUUAGACCCAGUCAGCAACUAAGCACCACACAGCCUCUCGCUCACUCCCCCCAUCCCUGUGAGAUUGGGGGAGGGGAUUGAAAGAGAAAAAGCAAGAAAACUUGUGGGUUGAGACAAGAACAGUUUAAUAAUUAAAAUAAAAUAAUAAUAGUAAUAAUGGUAAGGAUAAUGAUUAUAAUAAUAACAAUACUAAUGAUGAUGACAAUAUAAUGAAAAGAAAAAUAACAAGGGAGAGAGAGAAAUGAAACCCGGGGGGAAAAAAAAACACAAAAAACAAGUGAGGCAACAGCUCACCACCCACUGGCUGACGCUGCCAGUCCCUGAGCCAUGAUCGCUGCUUCCCCCAUCCAACUCCCCCCAGUUAAUAUACUGGGCAUGAAAUCAUAUAAUAUGGAAUAUCCCUUUGGCCAGUUUAGAUCAGCUGUCUUGGCUGUGCCCCCUCCCCUCCAGGCUGCUUCUGCACCUGGCAGAGCAUGGGAAGCUAGAAAAGUCCUUGACUAGUAAAAGCACUACUUAGCAACAACUAAAACAUCUGUGUGUUAUCAACAUUAUUUUCAUACUAAACACAAUACACAGCACUAUACCAGCAACAGUGAAGAAAAUUAACCCUAUCCCACCUCAACCAUGACAGUAUCCUCCCCUUAUACCAUUUAUGUCAUGCUCAGGUCCCAUACUAUCAAUACAGCCACAACAACCACCACCCUGCCUUCCCAUCCUUUGAGAAAAUACACAGAUAUUUAUCAUCCCCUUACUUUAUGGACCACCUCUGUAAAAUGUCUGUAAGAUAUGCACAAAUGUCGAGAAAAUGUCCACUGAGUUCAUUUAGUCCAUGCCUUCGGCUUCCAUCUAUCGUAACAGUCUUUCAGGGCCAUACAGAUGGCGUGUGCUGUUGGAUUGUUGCAUGCUGAAGUCAGCCCUUGUUCCAGCACUGCUGCACUUUGCUUCGCUUACUCAAAGUUUAGUCUUCAUUAAUUUGGGAGAUUACUGCUAUGAUACCAUUGAUAUGGCAUAUAGCAACCAUAGUAGUGAUGACAUACAACAUUACAUAGCAAUUAACAGCAUACCAUACAGUUCAUUGGCUGUUUUCACCCAAAAUCAAAUCCCCUUGAGGUACACACCAGAGUCCUCCAUGCUCCUGUAUCACCCACCAAGUGCACCUAGGUCCUCGAGCAAAAGCAAUUCCAUGAACGGGUUUCCCUUGCCUGAGGCAGGGAUAACCCAGACUGUUUUGCCCAGCAUAUUUUUGACAUGCACUACAGGGACUCUAUCCCCUUCCACAGUACGUAAGGAUUCUGAUUGGGCAGGGCCAGCUCGAUUGGCAGAUCCCCUUGUGUUGAGUAACCAGGUGGCCUUUGCUAAAUGUGUAUCCCAGUGUUUAAAUGUCCCACCCCACCCCAUUGCUCUCAAUUUAGUCUUUAACAGUCCAUUGUAUCGUUUGAUUAUCCCAGAGGCUGGUGCAUGAUAGGGGAUGUGACACACCCACUCAAUGCCAUUCUCUUUGGCCCAGGUGUCUAUGAGGUUCUUUCAGAAAUUAGUCCCAUUGUCAGACUCAGUUCUCUCUGGGGUGCCAUGUCGAUGUAAUACUUGUUUUUCAAGGCCCAGGAUAGUGUUCCAGGCAGCGGCACGGGGUACGGGAUAUGUUUCCAACCAGCCAGUGGUUGCUUCCACCAUUGUGAGCACAUGGCACUUGCCUUGGCAGGUUUGUGGGAGUGUCAUAUAGUCAAUUUGCCAGGCCUCCCCAUGUUUAUAUUUCAGCCAUCAUCCCCCAUACCACAGAGGCUUUACCCGCUUCGCUUGCUUGAUUGCAGCACAUGUUUCACAUUCGUGGAUAACCUGCGCAAUAGCGUCCAUGGUCAAGGCCACCCCUCGUUCACGAGCCCACCUGUAUGUUGCAUCUCUCCCUUGAUGGCCUGAGGUGUCAUGGGCCCACCGAGCUAGAAAUAAUUCACCCUUAUGUUGCCAGUCCAGAUCCACCUCAGCCACUUCAGUCUUGGCAGCCUGAUCCACCUGCUGGUUGUUUCGAUGUUCUUCAGUGGCCCGACUCUUGGGGACGUGAGCAUCCACAUGAUGUACUUUCACAACCAGGUUCUCUACCCGGGCAGCAAUAUCUUGCCACAAUGCAGCAGCUCAGAUGGGUUUACCUCUGCGCUGCCAGUUGCUUUGCUUCCAUUGCUAGUAACCACCACCACAGGGUAUUUGCCACCAUCCAGGAGUCAGUAUAGAGAUAGAGCACUGGCCACUUUUCCCAUUCAGCAAUGUCUAAGGCCAGCUGGAUGGCCUUUACCUCUGCAAACUGGCUCGAUUCACCUUCUCCUUCAGCAGUUUCUGCGACUUGUCGUGUAGGACUCCAUAUAGCAGCCUUCCAUCUCGGAUGCUGUUAUUUUGUUGAUCACAUCCAUUGGGAUCUGAUGACAACCAUCUUGCCAUUUGAUUCCUAAAAACUGGAUCUCCUGUGCAGGUCCCUUCACCUUACUUUGUUUUAUGGCAAAACCGGCCUUCAGAAGGAUUUGGACUAUUUUCUUCCCUUUCUCAAAAGCAACCUCUGCUGUAUUGCCCCACACGACGAUGUCAUCAAUAGACUGAAAGUGCUCCGGAGCUCCAAACUGUUCUAGUGCGGUAUGGAUCAGUCCAUGGCAAAUUGUAGGGCUGUGUUUCCACCCCUGGGGUAGUCAAUUCCAGGUAUACUGGACACCCCUCCAAGUAAAAGCAAACUGUGGCCUGCAUUCUGCUGCCAGAGGGAUGGAGAAGAAUGCAUUAGCAAUAUCACUUGUGGCAUACCACUUGGCUGCCUUGGACUCCAUUUUGCAUUGAAGUUCUAGCAUGUCUGGCACAGCAACACUCAAUGGUGGAGUGACUUCAUUCAGGCCACAAUAGUCUACUGUUAGUCUCCACUCUCCAUUAGACUUCCACACUGGCCAUAUGGGACUGUUAAAGGGUGAGCAAGUCUUGCUGAUGACUCCUUGGCUCUCCAGUUGGUGAAUGAGCUCAUGGAUGGGGAUCAGAGAGUCUCUGUUGGUGUGGUAUUUUGCUGGUGCACUGUUGUGGUGAUGAUUGGCACCUGUUGUUCUUUGACCUUCAGCAACCCCACAACAGAAGGGUCUUUUGAGAGACCAGGUGAGGUAGACAGCUGUUUAAUUCCCUCCUUAUAGUCCUGUGUGUCUGAUGUGCCAGGUCAUUAGAUCCACACAGUCCAGUAAACCUGGUUGUCCCUUUCCUCCACCUGGGUGGAGCCAGGGCCCCUCUAGUCCCGAACAUAGUAUUUGCUACUCAGUUCAUGUAAAUGCGAAUCAGAGGUCUCUCUUUUAAGAUCAAAAAUAAAAUCAGGGCUUCUACUCCUCUGUCUGGGUACCUGCUCACUGGAAACUGCAGCAGCACCUUUCCUGAAGGAACCCCUCUGUGUGAUUGUUCUUCCUUGCAACUCUUGUACCUGUGCCUCUAGGGUCAAGGUAGGUUUUCCAUCCUACUUCCUCAUGUCCUCGCCAUGGUCACACAGGUAAAACCAUAGGGCAGACUGGGGUGUUUAUCCUCUCUUGUGAGCAAAGGGACACUUAUUCCUAAUGGCUGAGAUACCGGUCCGUACUGCUGGGGAGUAGGACAUAUCUUCUUUCGGUUGCUGGAGCUCUUGGCACAGUUUCUCCACAGCCAAGACGAGGGAAGAAGAGAUAUUUGCUUCGUAAUCCCGGAGUUUAUCAACCGCAUUCCCUACUGUUGGUGCCUCAUCAUCUUUCCAGGACAUUACUGCAAAUGAGUUCCCAUGCGUCGAUGGUGCACUCCAUACAAACUUCCACCACAUGGGUCAUGUGCACUGGGCUUCAUCUGGAUCUUUGGGUGACUGUUCAUUGUCCAGGUCACCGUAAAUCACCUCAAGCACGGUUAAUUCCCUCAGGUACUGGAUACCUUUCUCCAUGGUUGUCCAUUUCCCUGUGCAAUAUCUAACAUCUUCCCUGAAGGGAUACCUUUCCUUUACACCGGACAGGAGUUGCCUCCAGAGGCUGAGGGCUUGUGUCCCUUUUCCAAUUGCUUUGUCAACACCCCCUUCCCCAGAAAGGGAUCCCAUUUGCUUGGCUUCUUUUCCCUCUAAUUCCAGGCUACUGGCCUCGUUAUCCCAGCAUCGGAGGAGCCAGGUGACAGUGUGCUCACCUAGAUGGCAGCCAAAGUAUUUUUGCAUAUCUCGCAACUCACUCAAGGCCAAGGAUCAGGUGGUUUCUGUCUUUUUAUGAGUUCUUCCUCUUCUUCCUCCUCUCCUCAUGAUGGCCCUGCUUUUUCAUCAUCUCUUCCUAAACACGUUGAUUUUCUCUUCCAGGUUUUCCAGGCGACUGAUACUGGCAUGGGUCGGUUCUCUGGUUCAGCUGCAGUGCCUGUCGUGGGGGUAGGAGUGGCCUCAGUGCUUGUUGCUUUCUUUUUCUUUGUUGAUUUAGAUCCAGGGGCCUUCCCUUCCUCUUGGGGGCACUGAAUAGUGUUAAAUAGGGCUCGAUAGGCAUGGGCCAGGCCCCAGCACAUUGCACUGAUUUCUAUCUCUCUGGAAUUGCCAGGGUGACAACAUACUUCCUCCAAAUGUUCUACUAGUUUUUCAGGAUUCUGCACUUGUUCAGGGGUGAAGUCCCACAACACCGGGGGUGCCCACCGUCUUAGGCAUUUGCCCAUACUAUCCCACAUACCCUGCCACCCAUAGCUAUGGAGCCUUGGGGCAGAUCUCUGGAUGAUAUUCUUAAAUUGCUUAUUAACCUUGUACAAAAGCAAAACAAUAUUCCCAAGCAAUAUCACCAGAUGUAUCUUAACUACCCAAGGAUGGUCAAGAUACUGAAAAGUUGUUGUAAUGAAGGAGGAAGCGUUAUAGAAGAAGGUAGCUAAGGUGCUAGUCUUUAUUUCCUUCAUGAAGAACCUCUCAGAGGAAGAGGUAUAAUUGCUAAUUGUCUCCAUGAGGUGGUACCCAAAGUACAGUAUCGGCUUCCAUGCAAGACCCAAAUAACCAGCAAAGCUCAAGACCAGUGUUUUAAUAACAAAUCUCCCAGACAAAACAUCUCUAAUCACUACAGAGCACAGGAAACUACAAAACCCAACACCAGUCUUUAAAAUGUACUUUAAAAUCAGCAUGGUAUCUAUCUGAUAAACUAAUAUUGAGAACAGAUGAGCCAAUGCUGUGACUAGCAACUGUUAUUAUCUCAAACCCUUUGAGCCUCACAUUGGGCGCCAAAAAUACUGUCAUGGUUUAGCCCCAGUCAGCAACUAAGCCCCACACAUGCUCUCACUCACUCCCCCCACCCCAGUGGGAUGGGGAGAGAAUCAGAAGAGCAAAUGCAAGAAACCUUGUGGGUUGGGACAGGAACAGUUUAAUAAUUAAAAUAAAAUAGUAAUAAUGGUGAUGAUGAUGGUAGUAGUAAUAAUAAAAUGAAAAGGAAAAUAAUGAGAGAGAGAAAUGAAACCCAGGGAAAAAAAACCAAACCAGGACAUGAUGCAACUGUUCACCACCCACCAACGGACACUGCCAGUCUCCGAGCUGUGAUUGCUGCUUCCCCCAUCCAACUCCCCCUAGUUAAUAUACUGGGCAUGAUGUCAUAUGGUAUGGAAUAUCCCUUUGGCCAGUUUGAAUCCGCUCUCUUAGCUGCACCCCCUCCCGGCAGAGCAUGGGAAGCUAGAAAAGUCCUUGACUAGUGUAAGCAGUACUUUAGCAACAACUAAAACAUCGGCGUGUUAUCAACAUUGUUUUCAUAGUAAGUCCAAAGCACAGCACUAUGCCAGCUGCAGUGAAGAAAAUUAACUCUUUCCCACCUAAACCAUGACAUAGAGUAACUUUGGGAUUCAGCUGAGACAUCAAACCAACUAUAAAGCCUCCCUUUUACUGUACUGACUAACCAAUUGAAAAACCAAUUAAAUAGCUCCUUGCAGAGAAGCUUGAUACAUAGUAAUGUGCUGUUCCAGAAUGAGCAGAAUUCCUAGUUGCACUACAGUAGCUGAAAUUCAGUAAUGUGCAACUAAGAUUUUUUUUCUUCUUAGUUUGAAGUGUAUUUCAGUAUGAGAAAUAAUAAGUGACUACAGUGUAAUGAAGGAUGAGAGUUGAAUACAGUACAUGUUCAAGUUCGUGUUUGCUUCCAGCGUGGUACAUUUAGCAAGAUAUACUGCAGCACCUUUUUUAGAAGGCUAUUUAUAGUCUUACACCUUUUUAAUGUAGACAUUUUCAUGCUUUUUAAAAAAUAAUAUUUAACUAUGCUGAACCAAGUUUGUUAUACUUUAUCAUUUGUUAUAAGAAGAAAUUUUUUGUAAUUUCAUACUUAAAAUUAUUUUCUCUUUUGAUUUAAAAUGGCUUUUGAUUACUCUAAACAGCCUUUAAAAAAGAUCAAAAUACAUAUACAUACUGAUACUUCAGUUGUGAAAAUCCUACUUCUCUUGCUGCCUUUAGUGGCUGCAAAAAUAUUUGUAUUUCAUACCCAAACCCUAUUGGCUGAAUAAAAAAAAAACAACCCUUUUGAUCCUGAUGAUUUUUUUUCUUAAAGGAGAGUUAGAACUUCCUCUGCAGUGAAUACUUGGAAGUAAUCCUAAACUGGCUGGACUAGACUGGCUGCAGGCAGAUACUCUUUGAUAUAACAGCACUAAGAGUUAUGUCAAUACAGAAAUACAAAUAGCCUUGUACCAUCUAGAAACUCUGUGUGUUACUACGGUAAAGUCAGCCUAUUACAAUUCUAAGAAAACUAAAUUUUCACUAGCAUUUUAUUUUUACUGGCAUGACAUAUGCUGUGUUUGAGAAGUACACAACCCAUGUCCUUUGUGUAGCAUGUUUGAUUCACCAUUCCUCUCAUGAAAGACAAACUACUAUGUGGAUUUUUAUUUUCUUUUUUAAGUAGAGUUAUGCAUUGCUGCUGUCAUGUAAUAGAUCAUGUACUGUGUUAACUUUUAUAAAAGGAGAUUUCAUGUCUUGCCAUUUACUUUUAUAAAUAGAAACAGGAGAACUUACCUUAGCAGUAGGCUAUGUAACCUAAAGGAAGCUCAGCUGUUGGACCCUUCAGCUGUUUUUCUGUGGCUGUCCUGAAAUUAAAGUGCUAUCAAACAUCUUGAAAGGAUAUCACUUUACCCUUGCUAUCAACAGGCGUUUUCUUAACCUUGUUGCCUUAUUUAUAAAGUUCGUGAACAUUCAUUUUCAAAGCACCUGUGAGCAACGUUAUUGCAGAGUUGUAUUAAUUUUGCUGUGUGUAUUAGUUGUCAGGUCUGUAUUCUGUCCUGAGAAGAUCAGCUCUAGGAAACACUUGAUACUGGCUUUCCAAGGGCCUAAACCUACAUAAUGUUUGGGGGUUUUUUUCUUAAACUGCUUCUCUGAACCCUGAGUUACAUGGUGUGGUUAUAAGCUAAUAAUGUGUUCACGCAGCAAUAACAGCAAUCUCAAAGUUUGACAUUGCCUAUACCAUAAGCUGUGGUGCAUUUUUGCUCUACAUUUGUCUGUACUUCCAGUCACACCACACUUUAAAACCAAGUUAAUCAAAUUUUUGUCUGUAGCACAAAGCAAAACUAUGAUGUAGAAUGGUAAUUCAGAUUAUACAGUUCAUCUGAAACUUAGUGCUAAAUUAAGUGGUGAUUGAGCAGCGUUUAUGUCCAUUUUUUCCUAUUUUCCAGCCUGCAUUUUUAUUCCUUAUAGUAUACAUAUGGGACACUAAGAAAAUUCCAAGCCGAGGAAAAAUAGUGUCAUUUAAAAAUAUAGGUGUAAUUGUCCUCUUGCACAACAUUUGUGUCUACAGUUUACCACUGUGUUAUGAUUUAUCUAAAUAGCUCCAUGCUGUACUGUACUACAGUUUUCAGAUGUUUGCCAUGUGAUCUGUCAGCUUUGCCUUGAAAAUAUGUGCAUGACUGAGAAAAAUUAUUGUCCUUAAUCUGUUUUAUAUUUAGCUGAAAUCUUAGAUUCCUGUAAUAGUUUAGUUUAUAGAAAUUAAGUUCUCAUAGGAACACAAAAAGUGGUUAUGCUGAGUAUAGCAGUUUAUAUCAGUUCAAAACUGCCAUCUUCAAUGUGGAAAAUAAAUGAGGUUUUCUCCACAUACUCCUACAAAAAAUAAUCCUAGAUUGUAAUCUCCCAUGAGUCACUAGAUGUCUCAAUUUCACAUAAUUCACCACUUUUCUAUGAAAAUUGUGCAUAUAUCAUGUACAGGCUAAUGCAUAAAACUUCCCAUCCUCUGUAAUGUGAACUUUUGCAAUGUGAUGGCUGGAGCACCAAAUGAGGAAAGUUUAAGUAUAUCCACAAGAAACUUGUGGAAAUUAUGACAAUCUUGCAUUGAGAUCGGCAAGAAAAGCUCUAAUAAUUGUGUUGGUCCUUGAGAAAUCUUUGCAAUCAUCACUACAAAAAACCCACUUAUUCUUAAACAUAUGCAAGGAAACAGAGAUAUGGCAUAAAUUUGGGGUUGUCCUGUGCAGGGACGGGAGUUGGACUUGAUGACCCUUGUGGGUCUCUUCCAACUCAGGACAUGUUUCUGUGAUUCUAUGAGUAUAAACACUAUAUUCUGUAAUGACUAAUAUUAAAGCAAUAACAGGUAUGUUAUUGAAGAUGCAACUUAUUGAAAAGAGGAAGUAGAAACUAUUGGUUAACGUUUACUUUUAUUCCAUUUGUUGCACUGAAUUUCAAGAGUAUAAUUUGUAAAUCAAGCUUGCUCAUGUGUGUAAUCAGAUUUUAUUUUCACUGUAAUGCUUAUGUGAUUAACUUACCUGUAUAUAUUUCUGGUAAUGAUUCCAUAAGCAUGGACAAUA